GAAGUGGCCCACGGUCUGUUCCAGGUGUGUGUCCCUGCCAUCGUGUCCAUCACUUCAGCAGAGUUGUUUUUAGUCCCAAUCACCUCCAGAAAUGUAGUAACCACAACCAAGUGUUUCAGUUUCACUUUAUCACAUUUAUUCCUGCAAAUUGCUUUAGGCCUGAGCUCAGUGCUACCCUUAGAGAUGUAGGUAGUGAGGCAUAGUUUAUUUUUAGAAAAGAGUGAAUCAUCUCCUGGAUAUGUCUUGUUUCUUUUUGCUUUGUUGAGAAGUAAGUUCAAGGAGCUGCUGGCUCUGGGUCUGUGAGCAGGAGCCCAUAUGGGCAGGUGAUGCUGCCCCAGGAGUGACCAGAGGCUGAGCAGAACUUAGUUUGGCACUGCUGAACUGCAGUGACAGAGCCUGUGGUUGCAGCAGGUUACUGGGUUUUGCUUUGCAGGUUGUUUUGUUAGGGAAUAACUGCUCUGAAAUCUGCAAAGGGAAAUACACGUGUGCCCUUUCACCCUGAACUAUUUCCAGUUUCCAGCUCUGCUCCUGGGCGAAGAUUAACGUGAGGGGAAGACUCUGUUGCUAUGUGGAUUAAAUCAGUUGUGCGUGGGGGGUUUGAAUCUCAGAGCUUUGCAAAAACCGUGGUCCUUGUUUUGCUUCUUACACUGUCUUGAACUUCUCCAGUUUUUGGAGGCUUCUUGUUACUGAGCUGGGGCUUGUCCUUGCAGCAAACAGCUCUGGCACGAGGUGUGACCUUGGCAGAGGAAUUAUCUCUAAAGCUAUUGCAACUGCUUCCUUAUCCUGUGCUGUGUGUUUGAGGCCUGGUAGUGAGCCACUCCUUAACUUCAGAAUCCAGGAGCUGGCCUCCAGCAUGUCCAGCUCGCUUAUCUGUGUGUUUGUGGAUAUGAGCUGGAUUAAUGGCUUUCACCUUUUAAAGUCCAGCAAAUUGCAGCAGUGAAGUGGAGCAUCGUUCAGUGGCUGGAGGAACUGUUAGAGCUGCUUGUGGGGUGUUGGGAUAUCUUGUGGGGAGGAUUUUUGCAAAAGGGUACUUUUAUUCACUACCCUAUAACUACAGUUGUUAUUCACUGUGUGAAAGGAGCAGAAGCCAUGUUUUUCCUCUGUGCUGCUCCUGGAUUGUUGGACUCCUCACCCAAAAUGCCUUUGAGCAGCUCUGGGAGAGGCACCUUGAAGGACUCGAUCUUGUGCUGUGGGAAUGAGUGUUUCUCUGUCAGGUGCCAGGCUGGAGUCUUGCAGUUUUUCUUGCCUGUGUCAUUUAUAACCCUUUGACUCUAAUUAUGGUCCUUGUUGCCCAGACCCAAAGUGAGAAGAUCCUGUUCUCUCCCCAGCAGGCUGGGAUGGUGUGUAAGUUUGUCUUGGCAAUUCAAAACCUUUAAUCUCCUUGGUUACCAGUCUGAGGAAAUCGUUAGUGUUUGUUGAUGUGUGUAAGAUUCCUGGGGGAACGGGGUAAGUUCAGGAGGAAUCCUGGCACAGCACAGGUGAUGCUUGGUUAGUACAGAUGUCACUAAUUCCGUUAAGUUAUACAGUUUCUUCUCCUUGACAUAUGUUUUUUUACCUUCCUUUCUAGGAAGGGGUCUGGAGGAGGGAAAAUUUCCCUUUCUGGUGAAAGGGGACUGGAGCAUUAUGACAGUCAAGUCUUUAAAAGCUUAUGAGUUCCCAGAGUCCUUGCCGAGUAGCCGCUGCCUCCGCUGAUGUUGUCGGAUGUCAAUAAAGAGAGGUUGAAGGCAACACUUCUAAUGGAGGUAACAUCGAAAGGUGCUGGCUUGAACCCCAACGCAAAGGUGUGGCAAGAAGUGCCCCAGGGCAGUGCUGAGGCCGUGCCCCCCACCAAUGGCACAGAGCAGACGUGGCAGGAGACCGCGGCAGCCCAGGGGACUCCGGCCGAGGGUAACAUCGAGAUCUCAGAGGACAGCUGCAAGCAGUAUGAAGUGAUGUAUUCCCCGGCCUGUGAAGCCCCAAGGAAUGGCACAGGAGUUGAUGAGGCGUCAGCAAAUGGAAUUGUCCUGGCGACUGAAGAUCUGGGAUACCAAAUCUAUGAAGUGUCGGGUGAUGGCAGCUCCGCCGUGUCCACAGAAGACAUUAGAGAAUGUUUGAGAAAACAGCUUGAAUUCUGCUUCUCUCGAGAGAAUCUUUCAAAGGAUCUCUACUUGAUGUCUCAGAUGGACAGUGAUCAGUUCGUUCCAAUAUGGACAAUUGCCAACAUGGAAGGGAUUAAGAAGCUGACAACGGACAUGGACCUUAUUCUUGAAGUUUUGAGAUCUUCUCCUAUGGUACAAGUGGAUGAAAGGGGGGAGAAAGUCAGACCAAACCACAAACGAUGUAUUAUCAUUCUCCGGGAGAUCCCUGAAACUACACCAAUAGAGGAGGUGAAGGCUCUGUUCAAGAACGAGAACUGCCCCAAGGUGAUAAGCUGUGAGUUUGCUCACAACAACAACUGGUACGUUACAUUCCAGUCCGACACAGACGCGCAACAGGCGUUCAAAUACUUAAGGGAAGAAGUGAAAACCUUUCAGGGCAAGCCAGUAAUGGCCAGGAUAAAAGCCAUCAACACGUUUUUUGCUAAGAAUGGUUACCGGGUGGUGGAUUCCAGUGUGUAUCCCCAGCCUGUGCAGACCCAAGCCCAGUUUGCCUCGCCCCUGUUUAUGCAGCCUGUAUAUAGCCCUCAGCAGUACUCGAUUUACAGCAUCGUGCCUCAGACCUGGUCUCCAAAUCCUGCACCUUACUUCGAGACUCCACUGGCCCCGUUUCCCAACGGUGGAUUUGUGAAUGGCUUUAAUACACCAGGAUCCUACAAAACAAAUGCUGCUUCUCUCAGUAUAGGUCGCCCAUUCCACAGGAAUCGGGUGAAGCCCCAUUUCCGCUCCUCCAGCAGCUCCGAGCACCCCGAGGGGCCGCCCGGCGCCGGGGCCCUGCCCAUGGGGGACCUGGGCAGAACCAGCUCGAGGAGUUUCGUCAUGGAGCGCCACAGCAGCUCCUUAACCGGGCACCCAGAGCAGGGCUAUGCCCAGAAGGAUCCUCCCACGGCACAGCUGGAGCAGAACGGCGAUUUCGGCGUCGGCAGGGGCAGGAGGAACGUCUUCAGAGGUCGGAGGAGACGGGAGGACGACCGGGUUUCGAGACCUCAACCUUCAGCAGAAACAAAGACUCAGACACCAAAGUUUGACUUGCUUGCAUCCAAUUUCCCUCCUUUGCCUGGCAGCACAGCAAAAAUUCUGGGAGAGCCUGUGCUGGAGAGCAGGAUGUCCGACAUCGUUAAAGGAGUCUGCAAAGAGAAGGAAAGCAAAGACUCCCUGUGCCCCUGCCCGGCUCCUGCUCCGGAGGAACAGACGCCCAGCGCCGUCCAGCCCGUGCCCAGCGUGAGCUCCCCGAGCCAGGCUGAGCCUGUGCUGCUGAGCACGGUUCAGCCAGAGAGCAAACCAGAAGUGUCUGCUCCAAAGGACGUGGCCAGCCCGGCUUCUCCGCCGGCAUCCGUCUGUCCCAUCAGUGCUGCCAAGCCAGCGAGGACAAACACCUCCUCACCUUCUGCUCAAGCAAGUGCAGCUCCUGCUCUGUCAGCACAGGAGCCCCGCAAGCUCAGCUACGCAGAAGUUUGCCAGAAGCCCCCGAAGGAGCCACCUCCAGUGCCCGUCCAGCCUCUGCGGGAGCACCGCACCAACAUCGUCCCCCCUGCCAAAAACGAAGACAACGGUACGGCCGAGAAGGCUCCGGAGAAGGCUCCUCACGAGAGGCCCGAAGCUCGAAUGAAGGAUUUCCCCGGGUUCCGCGGCCCCGGGGCUCCCAGGGGAGCUGCUGGGAAAAUCAGGGAACAGAGGCGCCAGUUUGGACGCAGAUCUUCGCCUCAGGGAGCGCCGCGCCGCGUGGGCAAGGAGCAGUUCGUGGGCAAGGAGCAGUUCGUGGGCAAGGAGCAGUUCGUGGGCAAGGAGCAGUUCGUGGGCAAGGAGCAGUUCGUGGGCAAGGAGCAGUUCGUGGGCAAGGAGCAGUACGUGGGCAAGGAGCAGUACGUGGGCAAGGAGCAGUACGUGCCACCCCGGUCACCAAAGUAACGCUGGGCCAGCCAAGGAUUCUCUGUUUCACUUCAGCUGUGGACUCAAGAGCAGCAGAGACACUGAGGAGGGAAGGAUUCGGGAAGGGGAAUACCGAACUUGGAAGCGUGGCUUGGUGUGGAGAAGUUUGGAGGGUCCCAAAAUUCAUCUCUAAAAAGUGAUUUCACAAAUGCUGGAGGAUUCCAAUCACUAUAAAUAUAGAGAUUAUAAUUUUUGUAUUUUUGUUUUUAAUUUGCAGAGGGUUUCCUGCUUGAAGUCAGCUUUGGGAUUGUGAAAGUAGCGUUUUGACAAAGUGAAAGAAUACGAGUUGACAAAUUAACCUGUCCCUCGGUGUAGGAGGAAAAGGAUAAGAGAAUAUUAUUUUUGGAAAAUGAGCAUUUCUGUAAAAUUAGAACUUUUUUUAACCUAUUUAACGUUUGGCUUGUGGGCUGGUGUGUCUGCCAUGGGUGGCCUGGCAUUGCAGAGGCCUCUGCAGCAGCGUGAGCGGAGCGAGUGCAGCCAGAACUGUUGUCAUCACUUAGUCACUGAUGAUGAAAACUGAAUGUACUACUGUAGUGUAACCCAUGUGUUUCCAGCUUGAAGUAGUCUCUUGACCUUACUAAUAUUUCAUUCAGCAAGCUUUUUAAGGUAUAAGUUUUGCAGGAUACUGGAUUGUAGGUGAGAGUGUGUGGACAGCAGAAAUUGUCUCGUAGACGCAGUGGAAGGAGGCAAAGGGAGCAUGUGAGAAUCUUUAUUGUGCCCUUUCUCCUCGCCUCCUUUUGAGGGCAACUCCUUAGGUUUGGGGUUUUGUUUGUUUGCUUUUUCCCUCUCUUGUUCCUUUCUCUAAUUUCUUUAUUACAGACUUUAGUGCAUUUUUCUUGGUGUGUUUUCCUGAGGCAGCCCCAGGGUAGGACGGGCAGGUGGCUACACAGCACCUGGUGUCACCUGCACAGGUAAGGAGCCUGGAAUUGCAGCUGCAGAUGCUGAAUUCUGCCUUGCAGGUGGCAGCUCUGGCCCCUCACUGGCAUCUCUGCAUGGCUGGGUUUUCUCUGUGCUGACUCUGGAAUAGGCUGUUGGCUGCUGUCUUGCCAGAAAUCAGGGUUUAGACUCCUGGGAACUCGUUGUUUACAGCCCACGUCAUAGCAACUGACUCGUUUUUAAGUGUUUAAAGUGGAACUAAAGACGCAGAGUUAAGGAAAUCCCCUCGUGUUCAGAGAAGCUACUGGAGCAGUGGCUCCUUGCCAGCUGUGUGCUGACUGAAUUUGCAACACUAUUGUGCAGUAAGUGGUUAAGUUUCAGGGUGAUUAAUGACCGAAAUAGGAACAUUCAGCGCAUUAAUCUGCCAAAAUCAGCAUACCAGGGUUCAAAGUUCUGUAUAAAGCGUUAGGGAAAAGUAGCUUCCAGCAGUAAGAAUCACAUCUUUAUUUUUUCUCUCUUUUUUUUUUUUUUUUUUUAGUGAAUAGCAAGUGUACAAAUUUAAAGUUGUAAGUUGUGAACACUGGAAAAUUCAAUUGUGAUAUGUUCCGUAACCAUCUUAGUAAUAUAUGCUCGUGUUGCCAUAGAAUGAAUGUAAGUGGCAGUUAAAAUAACUGUGAAAUUUUUCAUCUUCUGAUUUCUUAGCCAGAUAACCCUUGGCAACUUGGGCCUCAGUAGGAAUUCUCUAUCAACUGCUUGGAGAACACUCAUAUCUAUUUUUAUAAAUAUAUAUAUAAAGCCAGAGUUGUCAUUUCUCUAACUUAUUAUUCAGCUUGGCAAUUGCUUUGAGUUGAUUCAUAACACAAUAUAAUGUAUUUAUGCAGUUAACUGUUCAUUUCUAAGCAUGUUACAAAGAGAGAGUCAGAGAAUCAGCGAUUGGGCUGAGUUGGAGGGACCCAUCAGGAUCGUGGAGUCCAACUCCUGCCCUGCACAGACGCCCCAAAAAUCCCAACCUGUGCCUGAGAGCGUUGUCUGAAUGCUUCUUGAGAUCAGACAGGCUUGGAGCUGUGACCCCCCUCUGGGGAAGGACCUUUUCCUGAUCUCCCACCUCAACCUUCCCCACCUCAGCUUCCUGCCAUUUCCUCGAGUCCUGAAGUAUCUAUACAUAUAUAUAUAUUCAUUUAUAUAUGUAUAUAUAAACCCCAAAAUCACUAUUGACUUUGAAACUACCUGUCCUGGGUUUGGGAGGUUUUUUUUUUAAUUUAGUAAAAAAAAAUCGUUGAUCACAUCCACAGUUUAGAGAUUCUUACAAACCCUUCUCCCUUUAUUUUGAUAAUGCUACUCUCAUUGGAACGCUAGGGAAGUUUAAAUAUUUAGUGUCAAAGUCCUGGAAAGCAAUGAAUGCGAAGUUUAAUUAGUUUUAAAGGCUCUAAACAAUUCCUGCAGCCAAAGUGGAACGAAAGAAGCCUGUGGGAUGGUUCAGGGGUGUUGAGGGGAGACGUGUUCUGGGAUGUGGAGGGAGCAGUGGGAUGCUGACCGCUGUUGGCUCUGGGAGGGAGAAGGAGCUGGUGCAGGUGUGGCUCAGAAUUCCUGAUCCAGCGGCACUGAUCGCUUGUGCUGGGAGGGCCUGAGAGGUGAAAUGGGACUUUGUCAUGGAUCAGAUGUGGGAAAACCCAACCCAGAGUGGCUCCGUGGUGCUGUGGGGUGGUGGAAAGGGGAGCUCUGUGCCUCCUGGGCUUUUCCAGCAGCUCGUGGCUCUGGUGCAGGGGAUGUAGGUCAGGCUGGAAGUGUUGGCUUUUCCCAGCACACCCAAACUUCUCUCAGCUUAAGGCACUUGCAAUGAUUCAUUUCACACCUGUGUGCAAGGAUUUCAUGUCAGCGUUUUCCUCCCACUCCCACCGUUUCCAGCUGUGGUUUGGGGUUUGUUUUAUUCUUUUGCUUUCUAUUCUUUCCUGUGCAGGGGGAAAUUCCCAGCUGGAUGCAGAGGCUGUGAAAUUGGUGGGGUGGGAGUUCUCCCCAGCACUGGGAUCUGCCUUUUCCUCUCGGGCUGGGCUGGGGAAGGAUCUGGUGGCUGUCCCCACCAGUUUACCUGCUGGGCAGACUGGGGAAACUGGGACAGGGCUGGGACAGCUCCUGGGUUCCCGGGAGCUGCUCCUGUCCCAGCUCCAGCUGCUCUCCGAGUGUCCCCCACGGGAUGGAAAUCCUCCUGCUCUGCUGAUAUUAAAUACCAGGAGGUGCAAAUCACACCUAACCUUCAGCUUUAGGAACUGUGACUUGUUUUCAGAGUUGUUGGCUUCCGUUAGGGACAGAAAUCCACUCCCCACUUGGGUUCUUUUCCAAUUUACUGCGCGUGGAAAAGAUUGGGGCGCUCUGUCGUGCUUCUGCUGGGGAGUACAAAGAAGAAAUUCUUUGCGUGUGAUAGUAAAAUUAAAAGUGCAAAAAGUUUUCUUUUGAUUUCUAACAUUAAGUUAGUUUUAUAGUAUCUUACAUUCCUGCUCUUGUUGUUUUGUUGGGUUUUUUUGUUGGUUUUUUUUUUUUAAUUAGCCUGGCACAGUAUGAUGGUGCAGUUUUAGCUGUAGGAAAAAAAAAAAAAAGUAACCCACUAUUAACCAGAAGAGAAAGAUGAUACUGUGGCAGAUCAGUAGCAAAUAAGUGACUUAAUCAAUGCUUUACUGUAGUUAAAUAGCUAUGGCCUUACUACUUUGUCAAUAUCAGCUUAAUUGUCUUGAAACUGUCUGCAAUUUUUACUGUUCCCAGGUGAGUUUACCUGGGCUGAGAUAUCUGGUAUGUACAGAUGAUAUUUUAAAUUUGUAAAAUGCACCAUUGUAUUACAGAUGAUGCAACAGAAAUGCACUUCGGGGGGAAAUGGCUUCUGAUGAGUUUUUUUGUAAAUCCUUGAUUACUACAGAUAUGCAAUAGAGUUUUUUGUUUCUAAUUUUGAUAUUUCCUUCUGAAACGUAAGAUUGUUGCCAUUAAUCUGAAUGAUUUAUCAUGCUCUUCUUUGCGUGUAUAUAUUCCAUAUAGUCUGAGCUUCCUUUAGGGUGGUACAUAAUUUUGGGUUGUUGUAGUAUUUUAGUUGGCUCUUCUCUUCAGUGCCUUUAGCGCAGGCACUUCAAGAGGUUCACUGAGUCUGUUUUUAUUGUACAGUUGGGAGGACUUGAAAUGGAGUUAAAGCAACUUAUUUC